GGAUUGAUGUGAUGUGCCGUUUAGUUGUUGUGCUACCAGUGUGCUGUAUUUGGUCGAAUUGGCUGGUUAUCUGAUGAACUGACGGUGCACUAUAAUGCAUAAAUAUUACUCCGUACUAUGUUUGUUAUAUUCCCAGCAGAUAUAUUCCUCUGACAAGUAUUAGAGGUUAUAGUACAUGGCAUGGCUGCUGAUUCAUCAAUUGAUCAGGUUGCUGCAUUUUUGUGAGCCUUCUCAUGAAGGGCUGGGAAUCCACAUAAUUUCCUUUCCAGUUUUGAGCUACUUGCUUGAAUCGAUUGACUGGUGGAUGGUUAAGCUGAUGGAAUAUGGGUUCGAUUCUGGGAUACCAUGGAAUGGGAAACAAGAUAUUUUGAUUGACAGAUUUGAUGGCCGUGCACUACUCGACUUCAUCCGUGACCCUAGCUCUCGGCAUUUUCGAGCUCUAGAAAAAUCCGAAGAAGAGGAAGAGUUAGAGGAAUUUGUUAAUUUUGAACGAUACCGGGAUUUGAUUAAGCAUCGCCGUAGAGGAUUUUCCGACGAGGCGGGUUUGCAACAUGUUGCACAAGAGUUGGAGGCGAAAGCUAUUCUCCCGUUUAGCUUUGAGAAAUCUCAAUCCUCACAGGCCGCAGCUAGCAAAGGUGCUUAUUCACAGGUUGGAUACUCAUAUAAAGGGGAUGGAAAUGAAGAUUCCGAAGAUCUAAACAGUGAUGAUGAAGAGGAAGAGGAAGAUGAAGAUGAAGAUGGCAAGGACUUCAGUAGUGAUGACAGCAGUGAUGAACGAAUGGAAAACUUAGCUAAAGAAUUUGGUGUAAAAAGAUAUAACUGGCUUGUCUACAUGGACAAAAAAGCUAAAGAAGAGGAGAAGCGGCAGAAAGAAAUUAUUAAAGGCGAUCCAUCCAUCAAAAAAUUGAGCCGAAGAGAAAGAAGGAAGGCUUCUCAAUCUGAGAGGGAAAGAGAGAGGGAGGCAGUACGUUCUGUCGGAAGGGCACCUUAUCGUGACCCUUAUAGGGAACAAAGGAGAAGCCCAUCAUAUGAAGCAUAUUCAAGGGGCAGAAGAUCAAGAUCUCGUUCACCUUCCUAUUCUAAACGUCAUGCCCGUGGUACACAUGCUGAAAGUAACUACCGGAGCAAGCCAAAGCCUCCAAGGGUUGAAUAUAUUACUGAAUUUGGAGGUUCAGACGACACCAGUGACUUGAAAGUCUCCGGCAUCUCUCCGCCUUCAUCUCCAAUACGAGUUGACAUACCUAACCGGUCAUCAGGUGUCCAAAUUCUUGAGGCUCUUCACAGCGACCCUGCAUCUUCUUUGUCCGUUGAACAGGAAAGAAGUGCAAAAAAUUUGAAACCACCCACCAGCACAUCAUCAGCAUUAUUGAAACUAAGCAAGGGUGCUCCAGGAGGAGCUGGCAAAACUCCCCUGACUGAAAAGAAAGAAACACCGCAGGAACGUCUUAAAAGGAUAAUGAGCAAACAGCUUAACAAGCAAAUCCGAAAAGACACUGCUGCUGAGACUGCAAAGAAACGAGAACAGGAACGGCAAAGGCAGGAAAAACUUGCAGAAGUAGGCCGAUACAAGUGUCGUAGCAGGAGUAGAAGUCUUAGCCGUUCUCCACCAAGAAAGCGACAUUAUAGCAGAAGCCGUAGCAGGAGCCCAAGAAGACGUCGUUCACGUUCACUGUCCCAUUCCAGUUCACCCUCUCGUUCUCCCAGGUACAGAAGCAGAUCAAGACACUGAAAGCAUCCCAGCUAGCUCCUUGGUUGCCUUCAGUUACAUUGGCUUCCGAUGCCUUGUUGGUUUAUGAUCGAAGAGGCCCCUGGAUCCUUUAAACGUUGUUGAUAGAGUGUAUAAUUAGUUUAUGCCGAGAUUGUGCAAUUAUCAGCAAACUCAACUGCAGUGUAGACCGUAUGUUUAUUUUGCCAACAGUGUAACUGCAUUUUUAACUUUCACCAAAAAAAAGGGCAAUGUACUCGUUUGGGCCUAGUUAAAAAUUUAUUACUGAAGUCCUCAGAAGUUCAAGGGCACUGGUAAA